CUAGGAUGCCACGUAUAAAAAAGUCAUCGCGCAACAUGACGUCCAUAGAACCUUUCCAGGAUAAUCGCACGAUUGGCCUUUUCCAUACCAUCUGCAAAAUCAUAUACUUGACUUGCGCUACCAACUUUUGGUUUGAGGACAUGGAUUAUCCAGCAAAAUGUAUGAAAAUCUACAACGCAACAUCUCGAGUCGUCGAAGUCAUAGUAGCUGUGUUGAUUAUAUCGGAUUGCGGUGCUUUUUGGACGCAGCCGAAUUUAACUGAAAAGCAGAGCAAUGAUCGAAUAUUAUUAGCGUUUGCUAAUGGCGUUAGCUGUUUGGCUUAUGCCAACGUUUUUUAUUAUAAGCGAGAGAUCAGAGAGUUGGUGAUGACACUUGCUGUAAGAUUGAAGAAGGUGUGUAACGAUGGAACCAUCGAGAUAAUGAUGCUUAGAACAACGUUUCGGUAUCUGUCGGCCCUUUUUUUGGUGUGCAGCUCUGCGGUGUUUUCUUAUGGAAUGGGGAGUGGGAUCCAGGCGCUUACAACAAAUGCGACUUUCACCACCGUAAUCCCUUCAUGGCCAGACGUUGAAGACCGCAGAGUUAUCGCCGGAGCCGCUCGCAUAGUCCACUACAUCGUCUGGUGGAUUUUCAUGGUUCGGGUCACCUCUGUCUACUCCCUAAUUCUCACCUGCACCAUUGGUAUCGCGCACCAGUUCAAGAAUCUGUGCAAAUAUUUUGAAGACCUGGAGAAUAUUUUUAAAGGUAGCGGCAGUCAAGAAGAAAAGGAGAGGAAAUAUGAAAAUGCUUUUAAAGUUGGGAUUAAAAUGCAUUCUAUCAAUUUAUGGUGCACGCGGCAGACACAGCUAACGGGCGGCUUGGUGUUCAGCGGGCAGAUCAUCGUGAACGUCUGCGUACUCGGCCUGCUCAUGAUUCAGAUGAUGUACACAGAGCGGAAUUUGAUCGCAAUGAUGCCGAUCAUCUUCAUGGCGUUGGCAAUCCUGGUCGGCACUGGAGUAUUCCUAUGGGUCGCUGGAGACGUCACCAUCGAGGCGUCUCUUCUGCCAGCAGCCAUGUUCCACUCAGGCUGGCACAACUGCACGCGACAAUCCUCGUUGCGUGUGCGCAAGCUGGUCACCAUCGCCAUCGCGCAAGCACAGAAACCAGUACUGAUAAAAGGGCUCGGAUUCAUUGAACUAUCAUAUGAAUCUUACGUUACGAUUGUUAAGUCAUCGUACUCUCUGUUUUCAGUAAUAUACUAA